UAGAAUCAUAAGAAUGGUUGUACACGGCUGUGAAAUACCAAAUAUCGCGCAGUCUCUAGGCGUAUUGCGUCGAUUAAUUUUAUGUACACUGUUGUCGCCAGGACAACUGUAUAGACAAGCUAAGUCAUACGUGUACCAAAGCAGGAAAAGCACUUUGUACUUAGUAAAAGUGAACAUUAAGAAUUCUUUACAAAAUGUCUUUAUAUGCGACACCAAUUCUUUAUUUAAAUAUGGGUGGUGAAAUGUUAUAUGUUUUGCGACAAAGACUGAAGGCACAGAAGAUUAAUGUUGAUAAAACUAUCCAAGUAUUGGACGAUGUAACUGCAGCCUUACUUAAUCCCAAAAUAUUGUCCUCUAUAUUUGUGGAAAAACCGUUAAUUGAAAUGUCCAUUCUACGGUCUACUUUGGAAUGCGUUGUGUUAUCGUCACUUGUGAAACUCGAUAUAAAUAGUAUGAAUAAACUGUUUGAUUUAAUGAUUAUGAUGGUUAAAUAUCAGUUAACUGCAGCUACUGGCCCUAAAGAAGUUAUUCUUUUAACGUUAAAUCACACAGACGCAAUGCGCGAUAUGGUUAACAAUUCAAAUGCACAAGAAUGCGUUGGAUUGGUACAUCAGAUGGUAGUUGAUUUUUAUAAUCAUUUAACUUGUGAGGAGGUCUGGAAUGCCAGAAAUGAUUGUUUGAAAGUAUUGGAGCCAUAUUGUGUAAAAGUAUCACUUCUUCUUAGUCUUGGAUUACAAAAUGAUAAUGGUAGUUUUAAUUUAAUGCAUCAUAAAUACGACGAGAAAUAUGAAGAGAACAAAAGUUGUUUUUCUGACAUAAAAUUGUGUGAUUUGGAUUCAAAAAAUUACUGUGAUGGUACUUUUAAUCUUUUUGACGAACGUGGCACUUUGCUAGGUAAAAACAUGUACUCAAUGACACAUGAAAUGUCAAAACUGAUACUUAACACAGAAAAGGAAAAUCAUGAUUUAAAAGAUUGUGGUGCAAAAGCAGAACUUGGUAUGUUGGCUGUUCAAUUGGGAACAGAAGAAACUUCAUAUAAACGACCAUUUACUUUGAAUUUACUUUCAAACGACACUUACGACAAUGCAGAUACAGUAAAAGAAGGGCUUGAUUCUAAAGAAGAUAACAAAAAUGAUACGGUAGUUACGAAAUAUGAAAAAACGGUAUUUAAUGAAGAAUAUAAAACAAAACUUGAUAAUGUACGUGCAGACUUCUCUGAAGAUAAACUUAAAGAACUAGAAUACCAAAUGUUAAUAUUGGAUAUUUUAGAGGGAACAGAAUAG